AUGAACAGUGUGAUGUGUGUGUUGGCCGUUGUGCUGUGCUGCGCCUGCGGGUAUACCAUGGCGGCUGCUGCUAGCAACGUGGCGUCACUUGUUCCUUACUAUGGUGAUUAUGCACAUGGUAGUUCGAACAGCCGUGGAAGUUCUUCUACUGAGCCAGAACAAUUAUUGAAUAAACCAGCGACCGGUGUCGAAGAAGUAGUGACAUUGCCAGAUGCAAAUCCUGAAGUAUCUGCUAAUGGUAAGGGUGAAUAUCUUGUUGUUACCUUCGAACCAAUUACGCGAGCUACUUACGACAAGUACUGUAAGAAGAACUCUUCUUCUAUUAUUAACGGAAAAAAUUGUUCGGUGUUGUUAAAUUAUCUGGAGGCAAAAGCUAAAUUACCACCAUCGCCUCCU